AUUAGUUAAUUCUCACUUAAUUUUUCCUUGCUCUCUUUCCUUGUCUGCACUUACUUAAGGUUUACUAUUGGAAGUGAGUGUAUUACUUUUAUUGACUUACCAUUGAUCCACUCCCAGAAAAUUCUGUUGAUCAGAAUAGUGUAAUUCAAGUAGUAUUGUUAAGCGCAAUAGAUGGAAAAGUAAAAGGAAGUUAUUAAAUCCAUGGAAAAGCCGGGGCAGAGCACAGCACCAGACCUUCCAUCAGCUGAAAUGCAUUGUGUUGGAAAACAGGCAUGCAAAUAUUCAAGAAAGGAAGUAAUAUUCAUUUGUGCUAUUUUUUUUUUCUCUAUGUAUCUUUGCAAACAAUACGGAUGGACAUCAAUAUGGGAACAAUUUAACACCCCUCACAAAGAAAUGACAGUUGAUGAAGUCAUACUGUCAUUAGCAUGGGCUCCCUCAACCUCCAACUUCACCUCUUUCAAUAACUCUUCCAGUGCUGAGCACAGUCUGGUCAGACUAGAGCAGCCCAGGGCUCACUACUGUGUGGGGGAUACAUUGAAUGUGCUGGUGGAGAUGAGGAACUAUGCAGGCCAUCCAAAAGCCUAUGGCGGUGAUUUCAUCCUGGCCCGGAUCUACUCUCCAAACCUCAAGGCAGGUGCAUCGGGAGAUGUCACUGACUUCUUCAAUGGCUCCUACCGCGUGCGUUUCCGCUUGUUUUGGCCCGGAGAGGUGCAAGUCUCUGUUCGGCUGAUCCACUCAUCUGAGUCAGUUAAGAUCCUCCAGAGAGACUGGAUGCAUGACUACAGUAAGGCCAUGCACAUGGGAACCUUCAUCAGUGGGGGAAAAAAGGAGACGUCUAAGUGUGCCCUCCGGCUGAGCUCAGACAGACCCCUUUGUGAGUACAGGAAGAAGGAAGAUGGAGAAUAUUAUGCCUGCUACCAGCCCAAGACCCUUCCCUGCAACUCACUGACCACCACAAAGUCCUACGUGUCCCCAGGUCCUAGUCUUACAAAGGAGGAAGCUCAGCUGUUAGCCAAGAAAAACACUGGAAUACAAAUAAGAAACAUAUUCAAGCCUCUUACGGUCCUUGGUUGUACUGGUGCACACAGACCAACUGAGAAGUGUGUAACAGGAAUGAAUUCCCCUUUUCCUGGGGGAUUUUGUCAUUUAAACCAGUGGUCUUCUUCCUUCUGUCAGACACUCCCCUUCCUCAGUGAAGAUGCCAUUACCAAAUGUUUAAAGGGAAAGACCCUCUACAUAUUGGGUGACUCCACUGUACGCCAGUGGAUUGAGUAUUUGGGAAGAAAGCUGAAAGGCCUGAAAUUAAUAAAAAAUGGGGCUGAGUCAAGAGUGGCUUUUGAUGCCCAUAGCAACAUCACUGUCCGAUGGGUAAGGCAUUAUCAUCCUUGGGUUGGCUCUCGCUCUGUCACCAUAAAGGGAACAGUCACCAUUCCGGAAGUACUGGACAGCAUCGCAGUUGACGGUGGGAUGGAAGAUGUUCAAGUGGUCAUUGGAAUUGGCCAGCAUUUCCGAUUAUAUCCCCCAGAACUUUUCAUCAGAAGGCUACAAAAUAUCCGCUGGGCAAUUCUGCGGCUACUCGCCCGCAGCCCCAAGGCAAGUGUUAUUAUAAAGCUGGAGAACAUCAGGGAAUUAGACUCAAUGAUGACCCACCUGUACAGUAACUGGUAUGGCUACAUGCAGAACCAGGCUCAGAGGAAGGUGUUUGCGGACAUGAAAGUGGCUAUAGUAGAUGCCUGGGACAUGACUGUGGCCGCCAACAGUUUUGCAGUUCACCCCGAUGCAGUCAUUGUUUCUAAUGAGCUGGCUGUGGCCCUGUCAUUCUUCUGUCAUUAGGCAUCGGUUCUCUCUGAAUGGUUACUCUGUAAUUGUAUGUAUUCGGGAACUUUUUUAAUGAAUUGCAUUUGGAGCUGAAUUGAUAAUAUGAGAAUAUAAAAAUAUGAACCCUGUGAUCUGGCAGCUGGAAAUGAAUACAGGUGUAAAAAUUCACAUUUAUUGAGCAAAGCUAUACAAUGAGUUUUUGCCCCUGCCUGUGUGCCAAUAAGUAUAUAUUAUGAUUUCAGGAUUGGAUUAGUCAGUUGUCAGUUGGAUUGGUCCGUUAUGCCACAUGUUAUGGGGAUGCUUCUCUUCAAAGUGCUGCUACCCAUCCUCCCUUUUCCCUUUCCUUCUUUGGAUUUUCUUUUGGACAAUAUUACAGUUAUGCCAGUGUAAAAGGCUGAGGGUGAUCUUUCUAGUUAUUCUUUUAGUUACAAUAUAAAUUCUUGUUUGUCCAUUGCCUGUUUCUGGAUUGUGUUUUGGAUCUGCUCCUGUUAAUAAACCUGCCUUUCAUGUA